AUGAGUCAAAAACGAAGCAAACCCGCUGGUACUUUACUUAACUUUAUCAGUAUUAAACCGAAAAUUCCAAAAAUUAAUGAUUUGCCCAAUCCUCAAGAAAUAUUUGCUUCGCCGUCACAAACAUCUAAUACUACUGGUAAUUAUGAAAAUUUUUCUUCUUAUGAUAUAUCAUUAUUUGCCGAUAAAAAACUCAACGACCAAGAAAAAAUUCAAGUUUUGCAAAAUGUUUGGGUCCCGAAUAAUAAUUUUAAUUUUCCAAUUCAACAAAUUGGUAACCAAAGUAGAAAAUUCAAUAUACUUUGGUUAACUAAAUACAAAUGGCUAACAUAUUCAAAAAUUGAAGAUAGUGCUUUUUGUAAAGUUUGCGUAUUAUUUUCACCUUCUAUGGCGGGUUACAGUUCCAAUCAAUCACUUCAUACAUUUGUUAAAAAGGGAUUCAAUAAUUGGAAAAAGGGCUUAGAAAAAUUUGAAAAACACGGUACUUUAAAUUAUCACAAGGAAGCUAAUUUAAAAGCAGAUAAUUUUAUGGAUGUCAUGUCAGGAAAAAUUUUAUCGAUUGAUAAACAAAUCGAUAAAGCUCAUCACCAUCAGGCUUUAGAAAAUCAAGAAAAACUGAAACCGAUAAUAAAAACGAUUAUUUUGUGUGGAAGACAAUGUCUGCCACUUAGGGCACAUCGAGAUUACGGAACGUUUAACGUAGAACAAGAACCUGAGUGCAACGAAGGUAAUUUUCGAGCGUUGCUUAGGGCACGAAUUGAUUCUGGGGACAAAAAUUUAAAACAACAUUUAAUGACUUGCGGAAAAAAUUCAACGUAUAUUAGUUGGAAUAUUCAGAACCAAAUAAUUGAUGCUUGUGAUGAAAUUAUUUUAUCUAAACUUGUAACUAAAGUUAAUAGUGCUAAAUGUUUUGCCGUACUCGCUGACGAAACGUCUGAUAUUUCCUCAAUCGAACAAUUCUCAUUGUGUGUAAGAUAUAUUGAGUGUAUCGAUGAAAACAAUUUUAAAAUAGUUGAACAAUUUUUAAAAUUUGUACCAGUAGAAUCAACUUCGGGUCAAAAUUUAGCAGAUGUACUUUUAACAACAUUAAAUGCAUGUGGUAUCAACAUAAAUUAUUUACGCGGACAAGGCUACGAUGGAGCUGCAGCAAUGAGUGGCAGAUUUAAAGGUGUCCAAGCAUGUAUAACAGAAAAAUAUCCAACUGCACUCUAUGUUCAUUGUGUUUCACACAGCUUAAAUUUGGCUUUAUCUAAUGCUGUUGAUGUAAUAUCUAUUAGGAAUAGUUUUGGCGUAAUAGAAAAAUUUUGUCCAACUAGAUGGGUUGAACGACACGAUUCAAUAAUAGUAUUCAAUCAAUUUUUAUUACAUGUAGUGGCGGCUUUAGAAGAAAUUCAAUCGUGGAACUGUAAGGACUCAUCAUCUGGUGCAUUUUUACUUUUAAAUAGUAUUCGCCAAUCUACAUUUAUAAUUUCAUUACUUUGUUCAGAGAAAUUAUUAGCUUAUACUUUACCAAUAAGUAAAGUACUUCAAACGACAGAUAUAGAUCUUUCUACUGCAGUUAACCAAGUAGGAAGUGUAGUGUCUAUUCUCCAUCGGCUUAGAAGUAACGCAGAAAAUGAAUUUAAGCUUUUAUUUCUAGAAGCACAACAAAUUGCCUCUAAUUUAGACUUUACUCUAUCCACACCUAGACUAACGAAACACCAAACUAAACGAUCUAAUGCACCAUCAGAAAAUAUUGAAGAAUACUAUAGACAAUACUAUAGAUGUUCAAUUUUUGUUCCAUGGGUUGAUUCAUUUCUUAAUAGUCUUUCUGAUCGAUUUUUAAAACACAAAAAUCUUCUCACAACCGAUGAACAAAUUUCAAGUUUUAAAAAUCUUUUUGAAUUUUAUGAAAAAGAUAUGCAACAUAUUAGUUUUUCAGUCGCAAAGGCCGAAUUCGAAUUGUGGUACGAAAAAUUCAAAAAUGGUUGCUAUACUUUACCUCUAAGCGUAAUCGAUGGUUUAAAUUUAUGUGAUUUAAAAGUAUUUGAAUCAGUAUUUAUACUUUUGAAAAUAUUUGCAACGUUACCAGUAAGUACAAGUACGGCUGAGAGAUCAUUUUCCACGCUACGGCGAAUCAAAACCUACCUCAGAAAUACUAUGGGACAGUCACGAUUAAAUGGACUGGCAAAUCUUCACAUACAUCGAGAAAUACAAAUUAAAGAAUCCGAAGUAUUAGAAGUUCUAUCUGAAAAGGGACCCAGAAAAAUUAAAUUUUAAACUAAUUUGUCAUAAUAUUUUAUUGAAAAUAUUAAAAACAGUAUACUAUAUAAUUUGUGGUAAUAAUAAUAAUAAAAAUGUU